CCAGAAGUUUCUCGAACGGUCGACGUCAGCUUAUUUUAAGACAAUCCAAAUGCACAGACGCUUCAAUCUCUGUUCGGCAUCCUAUGAAAGUACUUUAUGCACCGCUUACUAAGAUUAGCUAAUUAAUACGAUGGUUGACGUUUGCCACUAUAAUGUUUCACAAAAUGAGAUAUACGGUCGUUAUUUGACCGCAAACAAGGAUCUGGAAUGUGGUGAAUUAAUUUUUAUAGAUUCGCCUUUCGUUGUGGGACCAAAACCAGAUGCUUCACCGUUAUGUCUAGGAUGCUACUGUCCCAUCGAAAAUACUGUAUGUUCGCGUUGCAGCUGGCCGAUAUGCAGUGCUGAAUGUGAACAGUCAGUGCAACAUAAACCGGAAUGUGAAAUAUUUUUACAGGCGAAAGUUCGCUUUCAGCCCAUCGAAGAUUGGUCGGCAAGUUCUCCUCAACUUGACUGUAUAACGCCUCUAAGAUUAUUGUUGGCCAAAGAAAAAGAUCCAGAAAGAUGGAAACGAGAGGUCGAAAUAAUGGAAAAUCACACGGAGGAAAGAAGAAAAAAGCCUACAUGGGACGCCGAUCAAAAUAAUGUUGUAAAUUACCUGAUAGAACAUUGUAAGCUUGAAGGCAGGUUUUCUAAAGAUUUGGUGCAAAAAGUUUGUGGAAUAUUAGAGGUGAACGCCGUAGAGAUUCCUUCACGUGGUGGCUUCAGUGUACGUGCGGUGUACCCUCGCUUAGCAAUAGCUGCUCACAGUUGCGUACCCAACAUUGUUCACACAAUUCUUCACAAGGAUUACGAAGUACAAGUACGAGCAGCAGUACCCAUUAAAAACGGUGAAACGUUGCACAUAAGUUAUACCCACGUGUUAUCGCCCACUCUAUUACGUCGGGAGCAUCUAUUGGAAUCGAAAUUUUUCAACUGUAUGUGCCCUCGUUGUGCGGAUCCCACUGAGCUUGGAACACAUUUAAGCACCCUAAAAUGCAAUAAAUGUGACAAUGGGGUGAUUUUGUCUACGAAUCCUUUAGAUAAUGAUGCAGAAUGGAAGUGCACGGAUAAAAACUGUGGAUUUAAGACAUCUAGUGUUGCUAUGCGUAAAAUGUUAGGCGUAGUACUUGCGGAGCUGGAGCAGCUCGACGCUCUAGAUCCCGGACCCUCCUCUUUGGAGCUAAGAGAGGCUACUCUUAAAAAGUAUAAGUCAGUGUUUCACCCGUGUCACGCGAUGCUCGUCUCUCUAAAGCACGCAUUAGCUCAACUCUAUGGUCGUGUGGAGAACUACUUGCUUGAUGAUCUACCAGAUUUAUUGCUGGAGCGAAAAGUUGAAUUAUGUCGUCUUAUUUUAAAGGUUCUAGACGUCGUAUCACCGGGAGACAGUAGAAUGAGAGGAAUGAUGUUAUACGAGUUACACGCACCACUAAUGUAUCUGGCUCGGAGCGAGUACGCAGCAGGUCUCAUCACGCAGGAUAAAUUGAAAGAGCGUUUACAAGAACCAAUUCAUUGUUUGUCAAAUGCUGCUAGGAUAUUGUGUAGGGAAGAUCCACAGAGCCCUGAAGGCAUAACUGGGAACAUCGCUCUUCAUUCUUUGGAAGCAUUAAAAGCUAGCUUAGAAUCAUUGUAACUAACACGAUUUUUCGAAGACAAAAAUAUUUAUUUAUUAUUUAGUAGAUUGUUUUUUAUAUAUAUUCUUUAUUGCACCACAUAAUUGUAGAAUAGUAAUUAUUUAGGCUUAAGCUGUGUGGCUACGGCAGUAAAGAAUAUAGCCACCCUCUCUCUUCCCGUGGCUGUCGUAAGAGGCGACUAAGGGAUAACACAGUUCCACUACCACCUUGAAACUUAAAAAGGCGACCGAUGGCUGAAUUACCAUCCAACUACCGGCUUUGAAAUACACAGGUCGAAGACGGGCAGCAGCGUCUUCGGUUCGACAAAGCAGCCCUGCGGUCACCAACCCGCAUGGCCAGCCAGCGUGGUGACUAUCGGCAAAACCCAUGAGUUCGCACCAUAAUGUCUGGUGCGCACUUGAGUUGGCUUAUGUCCAGCAGUGGACUGCGAUAACUGAAGUGAUGAAUUAUUUAGGAAGUUUGCAAUGUCGAAUGUGAGAGAUAAUGUGAACACGUGGCAAAGUACCUUGUGCAGGAAUAGAAGAAAAAAAAAUGCGGAUAAAACAUAUACCUACAUAAUAAAAUACAUACACUACUAUCGAAGGUAAGAGAGAGACUUGAUCAUGGAGUAUGUUAUAAAGGAAAGGAUAGGGAAGAAAGUAUAACAUAAGUUGAAUACGAAAAUGGGAAAUGCGAUCAUAUAUGCGUAAACUAAAAUUUUACACCUUUUUGAAAAGUUUUAUAAGUACAUUUUUAAUAACUUCAAUGUUUUAUGUUCUUGGCAAUAAUAAAGAUAUUUAACAAUCUUUUUCAA